UUGAUUCGUUAUUGGUUUAGAGUUCUUCGGGUGGUUGGGUAUUUGGAGUUUUUGUUUAUAUUAUUAUUUUAAAGUUCCUUUUAGUGUUUUGUUAAUUAAUAGUUAUUCAUUAAAAAUGAAAUUAUUAAUUUUAUUUACAGUUUUUUGUUACAGUGUAACUGCUUUAGAAUUACCAAGUUAUAUUACAGCAUGUUCAAAAAGCUCACCCGAUUUUACAAAUUGUGCUAAAGAAAGUGCCAAAACUGCUAUACCAGCAUUAGUUAAUGGUGAUACCAAAUACCAUAUUCCAAAAUUAAAUCCACUUACAAUCGACGAAAUUAUAAUUGAAUCAAAUGGGCAAUUAAAAAUUCAAUUGCAUAAAGCCAAAGUUUAUGGUUUAUCAGACGGCAAAUUAACAGAUAUUAAAUUGGAUGAAAAAAAUGGAGUACUUGAUAUAAGUCUCGACAUUGAUAAUUUAAAUAUCCAAAGUGACUAUGAGAUUAAUGGUCGAAUUUUAGUUUUACCAAUUAGUGGAAAAGGGCCUGCAAAUAUUACAGCCGUGGGUGGACAUUACAACGUUAAAGUCAAUUUUGAUUUAAUUGAGAAAAAAGGUGUUAAAUAUUUAAAAUUGAAAGAUACUGACGUGAAAUUUGAUGUCAAACGUGCCUACUUCCGAUUGGAAAACUUAUUCGAUGGAAAUAAAGAAUUAAGUGAUCAAAUGAAUAAAGUUUUGGAUGACAGUUGGAAGGAUGUUUUAAAAGAUAUUGGACCAGCAAUUGCAAAAGCUGUUGGUGCUAUUGUUGAACAAUUAGCCAUGGGCGUUUUCGAACGUGUUCCAUAUGAUAAAUUCUUCUUACCCUAAUUUAUAUAACGUGUAUAAUACCUUCUCCCUUUCCCCUGUUUACGUUUUAAGUAAUAAUGUAUUUAAAUUUUGUGUAGACUUUUAAGUAUUAUAAUUAUUAUA